AUGAAGGAAAAAAUAACAGUAUGUGGACCACCGAGCUUUGAAAUCCCGAAUAUUUCGUUCGGGCAAUAUAUUGUCGACCGAUUGCGUCAAUCGCCACUUCAUGUUGUUCAGGUCGACGCCAAAACAGGAGAAACUUUAACAAAUUACGAGGUACUUGAAAAAAGCGUUAAGCUAUCUAAAUAUUUGGAACAAAAGGGCAUCAAAGUUGGCGACACAGUUGCGAUAUCCAGUGAGAAUAUUCUGAAUUAUUUUAUCGCAGUAUUUGGAACUAUUUAUCGCGGAUCCGCUAUUGCGCCAAUGAAUCCAGAUUAUUUGGAAGAUGAAAUAAAACGGUGCUGCAAAAUAUCACGCCCACGGCUGAUUUUUGUAUCGUUAAAAACAAGAGAUAUAAUUUUUCACGCCACUAAAUCAUUACCUUGGAAAAUUGAAUUGAUUCAAUUAGAAACAUUGGAUAGCAUAUUAUCAAACUUUGAUAAUAACAAUUAUGAUAAUAAUUUCUAUCAAAACUUUCAACUCGAGAGCGUUAAAAAACCCAAAGAACAGGAAAUCGUUAUUCUUUACUCGAGCGGAACAACUGGAUUGCCAAAAGGUGUCAUGCUGUCUCACCACAAUGCCUUGACAAUUUCGUAUACUUUCAGAUCACGACAAUUCCGAGAGUUUCAGGAUAAAUCAAUAGACUUGAUAUUCUUGCCGUUUUAUCACGGGUACGGAUUCGCGAUGAUGAUGUCAAUCAUAACGAUGGGCACCACUGCGGUAGUGAUGAAGUCGUUCGAACCGGAAUUAUUUUGCCGGGCCAUUGAAAAGUUUAAAGUAAAUACUUUACCGCUGGUUCCGCCGAUCAUGAUAUUCUUGGCCAAAAGUCCGAUUGUAAGCAAGUAUGACUUCCGAUCGCUCAAGGAGAUCAUUUGUGGCGCUGCUCCGUUGUCAAAAGAAGUCCGAGAAGCAGUGAAGUCUCGAUUUCCUUGGGCGAAAAUCCGAACUGGAUACGGGAUGACUGAGUUAUCAGUAGCAGUGUGUCUCAGUGAUCGAAACAGUCAGAAAUCUGAGACAAUUGGAAACCUAACAUCUGGUGUAUGCUGCAAAGUUAUUGAUCCCGAGAUAUCAAAGUCUUUGAAGGCUUACGAAACGGGUGAGCUGUGUUUCAAGGGUGAUCAUGUCAUGCUGGGAUACAGAGAUGAUCCUGAGGCAACUGGUCAAACGAUUGACCAUCAUGGCUGGCUGCACACCGGUGAUCUCGGUUAUUUCGACCACGACGGUGAUUUAUUUAUCGUCGGCCGGCUCAAGGAACUCAUUAAAUCCAAAGGAUUCCAGAUAGCUCCAGCCGAAAUAGAGAAUAUACUCCUGUCACAUCCAGAUGUCAAUGACGCUGCGGUGAUUGGAAAGUAUGACGCCACCGGGGACCAGGUUCCUGUUGCUUUUGUCGUUAAAAAAUCCCAGUCCGAUGUUACGGGAGAGCAAUUACGCAAAUUUGUCGAUGAUAAAGUAUCAAUUCAGAAACAUUUGAGGGGAGGUGUGAAAUUCAUCGACGCGAUUCCCAAGAGUCCUGCGGGGAAGAUACUGAGACUUCAACUCCAAUUGAAUUCAAAGCUAUAG